AACAGUAGCAAAAAAGAGGGCACUUUUAUUUUCAUUGCAGCCAUUUUUGUGAGGCUGAAGAAGACGAUUGAGGAUUGAGAAUUGAGAAUCAGAUGUGGAGGCCUCGUUUGCUUGAUGUUCAUGCUAGGACCUUCUUCCUUCCAUCUCUCUCUUUACCAUCGACCACCUAUCUUAAACCUUACCGAACAUCCUUCAAGCUUGCCAACCCUAGUGCCGCCAUUCUCACAGUACCCAUACGGCCGACUUUACCUCCUCAAUCUUCCUUACUCUACCACUCUCAAGCCCUAAUUCUCCGCCGACCUUCAUAUUCCUCCAUUUAUGGUGGUGGUAAUAGAAUUUCCUUUUCCGCAUUCACUUCCGACCCUUGUUUUUCUGUUCCCAAGUGCAUUUCUUCGUUGGUUAACAUAGAAGAUUGGAAUGAGCCUGUUUCGGCUUCGUCUGUUGAGGUUAGUGAUGAAGGCGAACUUGAGGAGGAUUCGAAGUCCCCAAUUUCUGUCAGGGCAUUCUUCUUUUCUACCAGUGUGGAUUUAAGGGGAUUAGUGGAGCAGAACAAAUCCAAUUUCAUUCCGCCAACGUCACGAAUGACUAACUAUGUUGUUCUUCAAUUUGGAAAUCCCAAGCCUAUGCCGCAUGAUGGUUUUGGUGCCGGUUUAAGUGGAAGUGACUGCUGUUACAUGGUGGUUUUCCAAUAUGGUUCAAUUGUUCUGUUUAAUGUCCGUGAACAUGAAGUUGAUAAAUAUCUUGGAAUUGUUCGUGCACGUGCUUCAGGACUUCUUCCUGAGAUGAGAAAGGAUGAGUAUGAAGUGAGGGAGAAACCAACUUUAGGAACAUGGAUGGAAGGUGGAUUAGACUACAUAUCGUUGCAACAUCUGAAUAUUGAUGGGAUUCGAACUAUUGGAAGUGUUCUUGGUCAAAGUAUUGCUCUUGAUUACUAUGUUCGCCAGGUUGAUGGCAUGAUGGCAGAAUUCACUGACAUUAACCGUGGGAUGGAGAAAACUGGAACAUUCACGAUGGAAAGGAAAAAGCUUUUUCAGUUAGUGGGGAAAGCAAAUUCUAAUCUGGCAGAUGUUAUUCUUAAACUGGGACUUUUUGAGAGAUCAGAUAUUGCUUGGAAGAAUGCUAAAUAUGCUCAGAUUUGGGAAUAUUUGAGAGAUGAAUUUGAAUUAACCCAGAGAUUCGCGAGCCUGGACUUCAAGUUAAAAUUUGUGGAGCAUAAUAUUCGGUUUCUUCAGGAGAUUCUUCAGAACAGGAAAUCGGAUUUCCUAGAAUGGCUCAUCAUUAUAUUGAUUGGUGCUGAAAUCGUCAUCUCUGUUUAUGACAUCGCCCACAGGUCCUCCUCUCUAUAGAAGAAUCAAAUUACAACACUAUAAUUUAUCUGUUGUCAUUGGAGUCCCCCAUCAUCCACCCUAUAAUUUAUUUUAAAACCCUUGAAAUAGUUCACUAGUAUAUUGAUAGAACAAGUUCUACAGUUUUGAUUGCA